AUACAAAGGAAUACACUUUCACAGAUAAAUGACUUUAUCUCAACAAAUUUAACGACAAGGUAAACAGAUAAGACACUUAAAUAUUCGUUAAUAAAAUAAGAAGAAUAUCAAUCCACAUUUUUGUUCAGUGUAAGUAAGUCAACAUAAUAGAUAAAAAUGACGGCGGAAAAAGUUAUUCUUUAUGGAUACAAAUUCUCUUCCUGUUCAUGGCGGGUGCGAGCAGCGCUGCACCUCAAGGGUAUAUCUUUUGAAGAGAGACCAGUAGACAUAGUGCGUAAUCUUGGGCAGCUCUCAGAGGAAUAUCGUGCCAUCAACCCAGCGCAAAAAGUGCCCGCUCUUGUUAUUGAUGGAGAAACACUGGUUGAGUCGAUGGCGAUCCUUCAGUAUCUGGAAGACACGCGACCAGAGCCGAAACUUACUCCGAGCUCGCCUCUCGGCAAAGCCCGCAUGCUUGAAAUCUGUGAGACUAUUGUAUCCGGAAUCCAACCGCUUCAGAACUCGGGGAUAAAGAGGCACUUCGAGACUGAAGAACAGUACAACAAAUUCACCCAGCACUGGUGUGAUAGAGGAUUAAGAACACUGGAAGAUCUGCUCAGCAAAAGAUCAGGACGGUACUGCGUAGGAGAUCAGUUGACAUUGGCCGAUCUAUGUCUGGUUCCGCAGCUCUUCAAUGCGACCACAAGACUGCAGCUGACUCUUGACAAAUACCCGACUUUGUCGAACCUUUACGAAAUAUUGCUCGAAGAAAACAUAUUUAAACAAACACAUCCUAAGAAUAUUAAAUGAAAUAUAACAAUUGUCAAGAGAUAGCAUAAUUAAACAUGUUUCACAAUUAACUAAAACAACAAAAGCAGCAAAAUAAAGUAGUUCAAGCAUGAAAGUAAACCUUGAAUUUUGUGUUUGAUCCAAAAAUUUACAGAAACCAAAUUUAUGCUUAAUAAUUUUGUAGGUAGUUUAUCUCUAAAUUCACUAACACGUAAAUCACAAAACUAGCAAAGUUCAAUGAAUAACACAAUCUUAUCAAGAGAAGCUUCUGUGAGGUUUAGUUUGGCACUAACUAACUUUGUUCCGCACCAAUUGAAAAGCAAACCGAAAUCCUAAAAUCUACUCGAAACCCUACUAACAACGAGAACGACGAAACUACUACCUGCAAC